AUGUAUAGUUUAUCUUUCCCACAGGAGUACCCAGUACAUCUUGUUAGAAUUAAAGACAAGGUCAGGUUGCAAAGUUUUCUAACAGAAUGGGCAGUCUUUGAUCAUCUUUAUGAUGAAGAGUAUAGCUCCAGGCUGCUUUACUUUUGGCGAAAGGGUGGUGGUGCCAAAGUGAUGGAACGAUGUUACUUAGACUCCUUGGAGAACUUGAAAAACAUGGUUCAGACAAGUAAAGAUGAUUUAGCAAUAAGAUAUGAACAGAUAUCCAUGAUUCUAAUGCAAGAAGGCCAACUUGAAAGCAGUCAUGACUUAUUACAGAAAGCCAUGAAAUUAGAAGAAGAUGAGUUAGGGGGACGUCCAGAAAGAUUAGUUGUUUUAUAUGACUUAGCAGCAAAUAUUUACAAUGCGAAAAUUGUUCUGAUUGACUAUGUUAGUCGGUCUAUGCUUCCAGUACUGAGACCCUGUAUUGACUUCAGACAGAAGGCAAUCAAGCUCAGAGGAUCUUUUGAAGGAGAGAGGCACAAAUUCAAAAGAGCGUAUUCCAUGACAAAAUUAGCCUUCAAUAUCAAAACUUGGUACAUGAUAGGUGGAGACUCCAACUUUUCAGCAACAGAGGCAAUGGAGGAAGGAUUUCGAAAUGUCAGAGAAGCAAAAGAAAUAUUUCUCGAGCUUGGGGAAGAUGGUUACAGGGCUGAAUGUCUGAUGAAUGAAGGCUUACUAGUUGGUGAACAUGAUCAACAUGCAGCAUUAAAGCUGUAUCAAGAAGCUGAAGAACUUUGUUUACAAGUGUAUGGUGAGAAUAGUGUAUUGUCUGGGCGCUUAUUAAUGAAUACUGGUAUAUUGGUAGAAGAGAUGGGAGACUAUGAAGGUGCUUAUGAUUACUUCAGAAGGGCAUUCAAGAACAAAAUUGAGGUGUAUGGAAGAGAUCAUCCACAGACAAAGAGAGCUAUCAGAUUGAUGGAGGAAACCACAUAUAAAAACAUUGCAGCACAGAGAGGAGAAAACCCUCUGGAAGACUUCUAGUUGUUAACAUCAUAUUUAGUUGAAUUAUAUCAUAACCUGACGUAUGAGUGAAUCACAAAGUACUUCUGUCAAUUCUGUGACGUUAUCCAGAUCUCACACAUGUAAUUUAUUUACAUAUUCAUUGAUUGGUAACUUGACUAGCUAAGAGAUUACAUGGUUUGACUGUAUUUAUUGUAAUUGAUGUAACCAAUACAGGGUAAGGUGUUAUAUUCAUUUGUGCAAUUGUGGUUGUAUCUAAUUACAGUAAAACUUUGUCAUUACUAAAACAAAAACUGACCUAAACUACUUUCAGUACCAUCUGUAGUCUAUAUUCACCUACUAAAUUGAACUCAUUUUUCAGGUCAGACACAUUUAUAAAAAACAUAGUUUUUCUUUUUUUAUCAUGUUUUUUUUUAUAUUGAACAUCAUUAUUUACAUUUUGUGUUGUUUUAUACACGUAUGCUGUAGUUUUGUAUUGCUUUAGAUAAUGCAGAUUUUACAGUUUAUUAUUGAAAAUUUUCUUUUUUUCUUGUGGAAAAUUUCAUUAUUUCAAUCAAAUAUCUUCACAAAUAAUUUCAUGACAUCUUCUAUACUGAUUUUGUUACACACUUUCGAAGUUAACUUCUGAUAAGUGUUUUCUGAUAAGUGGUAUAACAAAUCCAUAAAAUGGACUGAAAAGCUGAAACCUGCAGUAAACCCUGUCCAUAGACCAGCAUAUUCAGAUGAAAAUAAUAUGCUACUUACUUUACUACAAACAUCCUUUUUAAAUUACAAUUUACCAAAUAAUUACAACUGUUUCUAGCCAAUAUUGUAUAAAAAAGGUCUUUGUUUUCAUCAAUGUAAUGGAAAAAUAGAAAUUCAUAUGGAAAAUAUUGUAUACCAGUGAAUUUAUAUUCAUGGCCAAUUUCAUGCAUGCCCUUAACUCUGUGCCUUUUUAGUUGUUAUAUAUCAUAUGCUCCUCUGUAACUAAUAAGUUCUUUCAAGUUCUCCAAACCUGUCUCCGAUUAUUCAUGAUAAACAGUUCCAGGAUAUCUCGAUGCCUCCACCUAGCAGUAUAUUUACAUUUUAUUUUUUUUCUAAGAUGAAAUUUUAUAUUAUGUAUUUACUAAUUACCACAUGUUUGAUUUCAUAGAAUGUUUAUUAUUAUCCA